CACGCCCCGGAGGCUUUCUUAAAGCCGGUCCUCCGCCUUGUUAACAGAGGAAGUCCCCGCCCCCGGUUGCUAGGGUGCUCUGUGGCGUCGUGUUCUCAUUGGCUGGCGACCGGUAGGGCACGCAGCGGGUGGCCAUUUCCAACGAGCUGGCGGGGGCGAAAGAUGGCGACGCCCCUUGGGUGGUCGCAGGGGGGCUCCGGAUCUGUGUGUCUCGCCUUCGAUCAAUUGCGGGACGUGAUUGAAUCUCAGGAGGAACUGAUCCACCAACUGAGGAAUGUGAUGGUUCUCCAGGAUGAAAAUUUUGUCAGUAAAGAAGAGUUCCAGGAAAUAGAGAAGAAACUAGGGGAAGAAAAAGCUGCUCAUGCCAAAACCAAAGCCCUCCUGGCCAAGGAAGAGGAGAAGUUACAGUUUGCCCUUGGAGAGGUGGAGGUGUUGUCCAAGCAGCUGGAGAAAGAGAAGCUGGCCUUUGAGAAAGCGCUCUCCAGUAUCAAGAACAGAGUCCUGCAGGAGUCUAGCAAGAAGGACCAGCUCAUCAGCAAAUGUAAUGGGCUGUCCAGCCUACGACCAGCUGGCUCCGUUGCAGGAAUCACGUGUCUGACUUCCGGAUCCAAAAGCAGCAGGAGAGCUACAUGGCCCAGGUGCUGGACCAGAAGCAUAAGAGAGCCUCAGGAACACGACGGGCCCGUAGCCGCCAGUGUCCCAGGGAAAAAUAAAAUGCUGGUUGUCUUCCUGUUCUCUAGCUGUAAUGCCCAACUUCCAUGUCUCUGUUCAGGGGAGACAGCUCCUCCCUUCCACCCCUGUAUGUCCCUUCACCCCUCCAAGAGCAGAUCAAGGCACCACGGCUGCAUGGGGAACAGGUCUGGGGCCUGCCACCCCUGUACAGCCUCUUCUGAGCUCAGGAGGAAAUGCUGCUCAAGCCUCCAGCCCCUGCUGCUGUACUGCUUUGGGACAGGGUAGAGCUGAUGGGAAUGGGGUGGGAUCUGGGUCUUCCGGGUCUAGCAGGAACUGCUGCUUGCUUUUGGUGGUUAGGCCUUUUCUCCAUGCACAGCCUGGGUUAGCCCAGUCACACCCUACCUGGACUCCAAUAAAUGUGAUUCUCUGGAGUUGGCUAUAGAUAGGGUUAGGGAAGAAUGGAGUGUGCGCGCACGUGCGUGUAUGUUGGUGUACCUUGACCAGACACUUUAAAGACUCAGUUCCAGGACCACAGUGAAUCUUAGAAACCAGAUGAUAACACAUGUAUGAGC